AUGCCAGAUCGACUAUACAAAGGCCGCGAGGGCGGCAACUUUGUUUUGAUCGAGCGACAGCUCCAUGCAACAGAACAGUCAGCCAAAGUGCUGCUGCGCGAGGCAUUACAGGCACAGUCCGACAUUGACAGCGCAUUCCAGAUGAGCCAGGAGAUUUGGCGCGAUGAGCAACAGCGACGCAAGAUGCUGUCGGACCAUGUGUCCUCCAUCACGCACGUGGUCAAGUCCCUGAACCGCGAGUUGGAGGCUGUUGAAUCCCGCAUCAACGAACAACUCGUCGGCGUUCGUCAGUACUGCCAAGCACUACAGUCCAAACUGGAUGCAAGCUUUUCCCAGUUGGGAUUCACACACGUACAGCAGGAACACGUCAACGCACGUGUUCGGGAAGCGUUUCAAGCCGUCACCACCUCGCAACAGGCGUUUCAGACGGCCAUUCAAGACCAGCUGCGACGGUUUGGCGAACGCGUGGAUGCGCUCGCAGUGCAGGUCAACCACAGCCUUGCAAGCAAGACGUCGACGGACUCCAUCGGACACAUGCAGGCGACCGGUCUCACAGAAGCCCAGGCCGCACUCAACGUUCGCGUGGAGAACCUCGACGGAAAGGUCGGGCAGCUACUACGCGAGGUGCGUACGGCGCACGACAGCAUGAAUGAUCUGCGGCUUCAGCAGCAACAGGAACACAUGUCCGUGCAGGCCGCACUGGAGGACAUUCGCCGCGCAAUGGAACACGAACGGGACGAACGCGAACGAAAGUCAGAAGACGCAGCAAAAUCCAUGACCGCAUUUGUGGAGGAGAAGUUGAAGGAGUUGCGCGAACAGCACGCGAGCGAUCUGACUACAAAGACACAGACCAUUCACUCAAAGCUCGCAGACGUCACGCGUGAAAUACAGCAGCAAACACAACAGCUGUCGAGUGAGCAGGGGACACUUGCUGGCACACUCAAGACGGAAACGGGCCAGGAAGUGGCGAGGCUGGAAUCUACCAUCCAUGCCCUCCAAGAAUCGCUGCAACGCGUCAAGGCGCGGCAGAAGGAGCAGGUGCAGACCCUCGAUCUCCUUGCAGAUGCACUGGACGAGAAGACAGCGCGGCUCACAGAAAGAAUUGAGGCCGUGGUCAAGUCUGUCGUGAUUGUGUGAAGGCCAGCAAGAAUGGAUGGAAACAACCGCUUGCUUGUGUUGCUUGCUGACUUGCUUGCAGGCAUGCAUACAUGUCCUGGGUUGUGCUGAACAACUGUUAAUCGCCCCUUGUGAACUGCUUGUUGUCAUGCUAUGUGAUGUCACCCGAUGAAGCUGGAACGUUGUAGAUAAAGUAAAUCAUCAUUCCCUG